AUGGUCAAGUCUCCCGCGGCCAUCCACACGGACAUCGACGUGGCCUGGCCUUCAGAGAUCACCAGCAGUCUAACGGUGGACGCUUUUAUUAGCUUUCUAGAUCCCCUAAUUCCCAUUGCAAGCCAACGCGACUACAGCUUUGUCAUACCAAAAGUCCUAGCGUACUCGACAUCUUCGACUCAUCCGGUUGGCGCAGAAGACAUAAUAAUGGAGCGGAUAGAGGGUGUCAGUCUUGCGUCAAGAUGGCUAUUCUAUAGCAUCAUAUCUUGCAUUAUUGGGGGAAUAUCUGCCUACUGUAUACAUUCUGACUCCGAUGCCGGUGAUAGCCUUGACUAUGCGCAGUAG